UGGAUGGCCACGAUUUCAACGUGUUUAAAUCAUCACCGUUGACGGAACCAAACAUGCUCGAAGUUUAACCAUAGGGUUUGAAAGGCCAAUCAUUGUCCGCCUCUUUGUGUUUGAAUAGCUCUCUUUUUAGACCGUUUCAUUCUUACUCCAUCUAAAAAAAAAAAAAAUAAACACUCUCUCCCAAUUUGUUUUAUUUUUAUUUCAAAAUUUUCAAAUUUUCAAGCGUACUUGCAGAUCAAUCUUCUCUAGCUUCGUUUUGGAUCUGCAAAUGCGCACCGUUUUGUUCUCUGCUCCACAACCGACUUCUUCUAAAUCUCGAAUCUCGAAGCUAAGUAAGCCUGCAGAUUUGUGCGGAAGGGAGUUUUUGCUAUUUUUUAGGUAGAUUUAUAAUGAUUAGGAGUGCACAUUUUGGGGGAAAUUGUCUUAAAGUAGGAAUUGGGGUAUGCAGCAUUAUUUUCUUGUUGAGCAACUAUGGAAAGUAACAAGAUAAUAUCUACUCCUUCAGACGGGCUUAGUGAUGGUGGUCAAAGAAUGCGAUCUCUACAUGGGAGGACUAGUGGCCCUACAAGGCGUUCCACGAAAGGGCAUUGGACUCCUGAAGAGGAUGAGAUAUUGCGGAAGGCUGUUCAACGAUUCAAGGGAAAGAAUUGGAAGAAAAUUGCCGAAUGUUUCAAGGACCGGACAGAUGUACAGUGCUUACAUAGGUGGCAGAAAGUUUUGAAUCCAGAACUUGUUAAAGGUCCAUGGUCUAAAGAGGAGGAUGAAAUAAUAAUAGAAUUGGUGAACAAGUUUGGGCCAAAAAAGUGGUCCACGAUUGCUCAGCAUUUACCAGGGCGAAUUGGGAAGCAAUGCAGGGAAAGGUGGCAUAAUCAUCUUAACCCCUCCAUAAACAAAGAGGCAUGGACUCAAGAAGAGGAGCUGGCUUUGAUUCGUGCGCAUCAGAUUUAUGGGAACAGAUGGGCAGAGCUAACAAAGUUCUUGCCAGGAAGGACAGACAAUUCCAUAAAAAAUCACUGGAACAGCUCUGUGAAAAAGAAAUUGGAUUCUUACUUGGCAUCAGGACUACUAGAGCAGUUUCAAGGCCUCCCUCUUGCUGGGCAUCCUAAUCAACCCAUGCCCUCAUCGUCUUCCAGGAUGCAGAGUAGUGGAGAUGACAGUUGUCCGAAAGGUGGAGUUGAAGCUGAGGAAAUAUCAGAAUGCAGUCAAGAUUCGAAUGUUCUUGGUCCCUCUCAUUCAACAGGUAAUGCAGUUCUGCAUACAAGAGAACAGGUCCUUAUACCUGAAGAGUGCAAUCCAGCUAAGGAUCAGAACUCCAGCCCAGCAUCUUGUUCAGAACAAUAUUACACAUCUCUGGAAGAUGUCACAUUUUCCAUCCCAGAAAUACCUUGUGAAGUGGGUGGCUCUUCUAAGUUCCCUGAGCAAAAUUUUGUGCAUGAUGCUGGGACUUUUGCGAAGAGUUACCAGUUCAAUUUACAGGAUUUACCUAAUUUAUCUUCACUGGACUUGGCGCAUCAAUCAUCAGGGUUGUCAGCUAAUUGCAUGGAUUCUCAUGAAAGUAAUGAAAUGGUCAAUGUUUCAUAUCAAAAUUCCAUGGAAUUGAGUGUUCCUAGCUCUAUAGGUAAUCUGGUUGCAGGUUCUGAUAAACCAGAGAACAUCUUGAUAACAGAUGAUGAAUGCUGCAGGGUCUUGUUUGCAGAGGCAAUGAAAGACGGAUGUUUUUCCUUGGAAAAUUUUGGUCAAGAGUUGAAUAUGGUUGAAUCAUCACAUUGUCACCCCUUGGACAUUCAGAUUUCUGAAGGUGGCAGAACCUCACUUUCCCAAGCUUAUUGUCCUUCAAAGCCUGAAGUAUUAGAAACUUCAUGUAGUCAGUCUUCCCUCUUUUCUCCAAUGAUACUUUCAAAUGACAAUGGAGCAUUUGCGUGUGUUGAUGAAUCCAAUCAGUUGAAUUGUCACUCUUAUGGAACUCGAGAUCAAGAAUAUAAUACGAGCAGGCAUGAUGCCUUUAUCUAUACCAAUGAAUCUGCCAAUUCCCCUUGUGAUGAUGGUGCAGAUAAUUCAGGCCUGCAAGGGCCAUCAUAUCUUUCAAAGGAUUCUUUCAAACUAGUUCCUGUAAAUAGUUUCAGUUCAAAAUCAGAUGCCAUGAUAGCUUGUCCUUCAGAGGAUGCCAAGCCCAACAUGCAAACAGAACAUCAGGAUGCAGGAUCCCUAUGUUAUGAACCUCCUCGUUUUCCAAGUUGGGAUAUUCCUUUUUUUAGUUGUGAUCUUAUACAGUCUGGUAGUGAUAUGCAGCAAGAAUACAGUCCACUUGGCAUACGUCAACUAAUGAUGUCAUCAACAAACUGCAUUACUCCAUUUAGGUUAUGGGAUUCUCCCUCUCGUGAUGAUAGUCCUGAAGCUGUGCUGAAAAGUGCUGCCAAAACUUUUACAGGAACACCAUCUAUAUUGAAGAAGCGACACCGUGACUUGUUGUCACCUUUGUCAGAUAGAAGAAAUGACAAGAAACUUGAAAUUGACAUGACUUCCAGUUUGGCCCAGGAUUUUUCUCGUCUGCUGUCUCCAUUGUCAAACCAAAAGAGGAAAUCUGGAGCCUUCGUUGAAGAUAAAGAAAAUUUGGGUCAUGCUUUUGAUGGUGGACAAGAAAAGGAUAAAGAUCAGUCUGCUGUCUUGCAUGAAAGAACUUCUGAGGAAGAUUCUCAUUGCAGUAAUUCUAAUGCCAACUUAAAGAAAGAUAAUGUUGAUGCUGAUACUAAGACCAAUGCAAAUGCUGGUUCCACUACCAAAACUGAGAAACAGACUGCAGGAGUCCUUGUUGAACAUAAUGUGAAUGAUCUGCUAUUCUCUCCUGAUCAAGCUGGUCUAAAAGAUGAAACAGCACUGGCCACUACUUCUCCAACACCAAGAAAUCAGCAUUUUAAAAGCUUUGGAGCUAAUCAAGGUGUUGCACCCGAGCAUUCACCUGCAAGUGCAUGCUCUCCAGCAAUUUCCAAAAAGAACAAUGGAAGUAAUUCUAGUGCAAUUAAGACAGUAAAACCUAUUCCUUCAUUGACACCGCCAGGAAAUACGCUUCUUAAUGUUGGGAGUGAUGUUGGCUUCGAAAACUAUAACCUAUUUGGUGAAACUCCAUUCAAAAGAAGUAUAGAAUCUCCUUCAGCGUGGAAGUCCCCUUCGGCUUGGAAGUCUCCUUGGUUUAUGAACUCUUUCGUACCUGGUCCAAGGAUUGACACUGAAAUAACAAUUGAGGAUAUGGGUUAUUUUAUGAGCCCAGGAGACAGAAGCUAUGAUGCCAUUGGACUGAUGAAACAGUUAAGCGAGCACACUGCUGCUGCAUAUGCUGAUGCCAUGGAGGUUUUGGGAAAUGACACUUCUGGAAAAUCAGUGAACGAAGGAAACACUAAAACUUUAAGUUCAGACGAAGAAAGCAAUAAUGUCACCCAUCAUGAGCCAGAGAGCGACCAUUUGGCUUCAAAUAUUUUGAUUGAGCGGCGCACACUUGACUUUAGCGAAUGUGGAACACCUGGGAAAGGAAUAGACAAGGGGAAAUCCUCAACUGCCAUAGACUUCUCAAGCCCCUCCUCAUAUCUAUUGAAAGGAUGCAGGUAGUCAUUUUUAAGGGCAAAAGCCUUCUCUACAUUGUAGUUUACAAAUAUAAUGUAUCUCUCUCUCUAUAUAUAUAUAUGUGAGUUUUUGUUUCUCUCUCUUUUUUUUAUUUUUUUGAAUUUCCUUUUUGGUUCUUAUUCCAUUUGCUGUUGUAGCAGCUGAAUUAUGUAAUAUAAUUAAUUGAUAAAAAAAAUUGCUAUCCGAUUAUGUGGAAUUACAAAAGGAAAGUCUUUAUAUUUUCUCA